CCUCGCAGGAUUUCACCACAUUUCUUUCAGGACCAACACAGACCGGAACACACCACAACCCGAUCACUGACCCUGGACUGAUAAUCAAUAGCUGGUAUCAUUCGCGGAGUGAGGACUGCUGUGGGAGACUCUUGGAGGAGCAUGCGGCUCGGUUUACUAUGCAGGCUCUGUGUCCUGUGGGGUUUUGUGGUGAUCACGACCUCCGUGGCCAAGACAGCCAAGAAGAAGGUGACAGGUAGACGGUCCAGACAGGUGUUUGAGGCGGAGCCUGUGGAGGGCGUGUGGGCGGUAUGGACGGAGUGGUCUGACUGCUCGCAAACCUGCGGCGUAGGCGUGUCACAGAGGAGCAGGACAUGUUUACCACCCCCACCUCCCAUCUCCCACCCUCCACCUAACUGGGCAGGUUACUUUCCCGGGGGCAUCGGAGGUCCGUUCAUCUCACCUGAGCACCCCUACUACCCUCCUCGUUACCCCGGGCAAAACCAGCCUUAUCACUCCCCGCCGAUCUCCACCAAUCACAACCAAGGGGUGUCUCUGUAUCGGAAUGCCAACCCCGGGGGAGGAGGGGAUCCGGUACCGGGACAGGCCAAUCCAAACCCUAUGUUUUACCAGCCAGAAUUGUCCCCAACCAAUCAAGACCACGCGUCUUCGUACCGAUCGCCCUAUCACGCUCCUCCUCACCAGCCAGCACGCACCAUCAGGAGGCCGACCAAUCCGGGAGCACCGAGGGCUGCAGGAGGCGGGAGCAGAAGGUCAAUUGGCCACUCUCGUGAGGGUUUGAAUGCGAGAAGGUCUUCCGGCAUCCGUCCGGGUCAGUUUGGGUACGGCAGGGUCCCGUUCUCGCUGCCUUUGCACCGCCCCAACCGGCAGGCUCGCCACACCGUUAACAGCACCGACGCUGAGACAUCGCCUGCGCCCAAUGAAGACGGUGCAGACAACAACAGGGACGAGGACGAGGCCACGGGGGGCGGUGGAGGGCACAGGAAGCCAGGCAGGCGUGAGGUUGAGGAGGUCUCUGUGGAGCCUGCUGCUGAGGAGGUUCCCACAACAACCACCACAACUGGCAACCCACACCGCCAUGUCGACCGACCCCCACACGCCCAUACAGAGCACGGGAGGGCGAGAGAGCGAGCGCCGUCUUCUCACUUCUUCUCACGCUCCUCAUCGCCGGCUCUCCUCCCCAACCGCCAUCGGUUUGACUGGAACUCCGUCACCGCGCCGCCUCCUCUCUCCCGCCCCAACUCCCCUGCCGUCGCUCCACCUUUUUCCGCUCCUCUCCACCGCCCCAUGCACAGAGAGAGGGAGCUCCAACCACGCUUUAGCCCCUACGUCCCACCCACCGGCGACAUCUACCCGCUGCAGCACCCCCACAGCCCGCACCUGGGAGUGGAGUCAGGCAGAGACGGAGGAAGAGCUGCUCCUCAGGUCAUCCGAUGCUCUGGGCCGGAGAAGGAGUACCGCAGGUGCUUCUCGCAGGUGUGUGGAGGAGGUGCGUUGGACUCCAGAGCCGAGCAGUGUGCUGCCUUUAACACCCAGGAGUUCAUGGGUCGCCUCUACAACUGGGAACCGUUCACUGAGGUUGGUGCGGACAAACAGUGCGAGCUGACCUGCAGACCUUCGGGCUAUCGUUUCUAUGUCCGCCAGGCCGAGCGUGUCAAAGACGGGACCCCCUGCUUCAACGUCAGUGCCAACGACGUGUGUGUAGAGGGGCGAUGUCUGACCGAAGGUUGCGAUGGGGUGCUGGGCUCCGGCUCUGUGAUUGACAAGUGUGGAGUGUGUGGUGGGCGGCAGAGCUCCUGUCGAAAGGUGACGGGAAGUUUCCAAAAUGUCUCGGUUCCCCUCGGUUACCACAAGAUCCUGGACAUCCCGCCAGGAGCUACGUUCAUUAAAAUCACGGAAAUGCGAGCCAGCCCGAAUUACCUGGCCAUGAGGAGUGGCACAGGGGCUUCGGUGGUGAACGGGCGGUGGGCUGUGGACCCUCCUGGGGAGUACCAGGCAGCGGGGACUAGCUUCACCUACACCCGACCGAGAGCACAGGCGGGGGAGGAAGAGAAAGGCGAGUCCCUCUGGGCUCCGGGACCAACCACCACACAGCUACAGCUAUAUAUCAUUUUUCACAAGGAGAACCCGGGCAUCAACUAUGAGUUUUAUAUCCCCGUGGAGAAAAAGGAGGUGGCGCCCAGAGAGAGGCAGAGGGAGCGAGAGCCAGGCAGGGCACCCCUUCGCAGUCCUCUCACUGUGUCUAUAGAAGAUCCUCUCCCUGCUCCUCCUCCAAUUUCAGUCCCUUCUUUCCCCUUAUCCUCCACCACCUCUUUGUUUUCUUCCCCCUCUUCGGACCGAUUGACACAUGAGAGGUCACAUCCUCGAGGCUCUGCACCCAAUAGGAAUGCUCGGUUCCCCCCUCGCACUGACCUGCCACUGGACACUCAGCUGCCAUUUGUGUGGAGGCGAGGAGGACUCACAGAGUGCUCUGCUUCCUGUGGCAGAGGGUCUCAGAACCGAGUCAUUCUGUGUAUAAACCGACACACAGACGAGGAGGUGCCGGGGAGGAAGUGUAACUCUGCAGCCGAGCCGGUUCCUGAGGAGGAGCCUUGUAACACACAUCCCUGCCCACCAUUCUGGGAGGCCAGUUCAUGGUCAGAGUGCAGUGUGUCCUGUGGCCCCGGCGUGCAGCAGAGGCAGCUCCAGUGCAGGCAGAGCUUUGGGAACCUCUCCACCAUGGUCCACCCGCAGCGCUGUGCCAACCUCACCCCACCAGAGUCCACACAGGCGUGUCAGAUCAGCCUCUGCUCACAUUGGGAGGUCGGCUCCGACUGGAGCACGUGCUCUGUGGACUGUGGAGUUGGGAGGAGGACGAGGAGUGUGCGUUGCCUCAGCGAUCAGGGCAACGUGGUGAACGAAAAAGAGUGCAACUCCAGGGCUCGCCCACAGGGAAGUGAUGAGUGCAACAUGGGCCCCUGUGUAACCAACUGGUACUUCACUGACUUCUCCAACAUGUGUUCGGCGCAGUGCGGCCCUGGGGUGCAGAAGAGGGAGGUGGUGUGUCUGACUCGAGGAGCGGUCCGAGAGGGCGGAGGAGGAGGGGACUGUGUUGGGGAUAAACCGGCAGAGAUGAAGGCCUGCAACGGGGGUCCCUGUGUACCAACAACCAUGUGGUACAGCAGCCCCUGGACACAGUGUAAUGUCCCCUGUGGGAACGGAACUCAGCGACGAGACAUCAUAUGUGUCCGGAAGAUGGGGAAUGAUGUUACCGUCGCACCGGCCAAUGAGUGCGCUCAUCUGGACAAACCUGCUGCGGUCCAGCAGUGUGAGAUGAGAGUGUGUGAGCCACAGUGGUUCACAACAGAGUGGAGCGCGUGCUCACGUUCUUGUGGGAAAGGCUUACAGAUGAGGGAGGUACGGUGUCUGGGUACUGAGAGAAAGCACAGCCACAAAUGUGAUUUGAACACCAAACCUGAACGGGAGCAAAUCUGCAACACAAUACCCUGCAGUCCACAAGUCGCAGAUGAAAACUGCCGGGACAAACGUCACAACUGCAUGGUGGUGGUUCAGGCCAGGAUGUGCGUCUACACCUACUACAAGACCGCCUGCUGUGCCUCGUGUACCCAGAGUGCUCAGCGUGCCAAGAGGCAGUGACCAGCCAACCACACAGACAGCCCGGGAGUGCGAGAAGUCAAGGAUUCGGUCAAAAGAGAUGAUCCCCCUGAAAUAAAAAGUCUGUAUCUUCGUAAAGGCCAGAAUAGACCUGGUGGUGGCUGUGAGAUAACAUUGAGCUAAUUCCUCCUGAUUCUUCAGGUAAAACACUGUGAGAGCAGCCGGUUCCUUUUUCCAGUUCUCUGCAUUCAUUGAAGUUAUUUUUUAGAGCCACAUAUUCCACUGAGAGCGCAUCUGUUUACUCUGUACGUUAGCCUUGACAGGUUCAUGAUGUGUCACACCAAUGAGUGAUGCAUUGUUGUCAUUUCUUAGGCUGAUAGAUUAUAACAGAAGAUGACAGCGCUGUGUUCCAACAGCUAAAUUUGCGUCUUUUUAAUGAUUAUUUUUGAUAUGCAGCAACUUAAAACAAUGCAAACCACUAAUUACGAAAAGAACCGUGCUGAACAAAAAAUGACCAUUUGUGCUAGAUGCACUGUGUUGUGCUGCGGUGAAGGUCAACUGGAAUAGUAAUCCUGUACACUGCAGAACCCCGACUAAGCUAGAAGGAUGCAUGUCGUAUGUCUAUUUCUGUUUGCCAAAAACAUUUCUCGAGCGUCCUCUUAUUGUUCAGUUCAGUAUUUGGACAGAUGAACCAAAGGACUGGGGUGACCAUUGCAGUUAGUGACCAAAUAUAUCAGAGUGGGAAGAAGUGAGCUUCUUCCCAAACAAGAAGAAUAAUUAGACGUGGAAGUAAACGAGCAGCACAGACUUCCUGAAGUCCUUUCCACAGAUUCACGUCAGUUACAGAGCUGUUUAAUGAGUGCUAUUGGAGAUGAGUUUAUAUCCACAGGUUUGAAGACUCAUAGCUGGACUCACUAAACUCAACACAAUGCUGCUCACUAAAUAGACAAAAACAUUGUGUUGGUCUUUACUUUUCUUCCUGUCAUCAAAUCGAAUGAAAAGAUCAAACCAACAAUCUGUUGGUCUGAUGAUGUAAAUCUUAAAACACGACUAGUUUCCUUUUUUAAGGGUCAGUAAUUUUCUUGGGAUAGUAGAAUAUGCCAUUCAAACAAGAGAAAGGUUGUUUUCAACUGUAGAUUAACACACGUUAGUGAGUAUUCACGCACCAGGAUAGUAGCUUGACUGUGUGAGGUUUGAAACAUCGUCGUGUCUUAGAAAGGUAUUCACAAAAGCUUGCACCUCCAGACGGUAAAUUCUGGUGGCUGGACGGAAGAAAUAGAGUCUGCACACUAUAUAAUGCUUUAAUGAACAUUUAAUUGAGAGUGAUAAUCAAUUAACUGUUCGCGGUAACAUUAUCGAGAGUGAAGACUGUAUUUCUUCCAUCUUUUACAUUUUGAUGUCCUCUUUUCUCCCCUCAUCUUAACAUCAUCCGUUGUCACCUUCAUGGGAGGAGACGAUGAAUCUGUCCUCUGAGAGUAGGUGAAGCCAUAAUUAGGGAUCCUCGCAUGGACUGAGAAAGAUGCUUUUUACAAUAGUCUUUUAAUAAGUUAGUUUAUGACACAGAUCAAAUGCUUUGACCUGGAAGUAAAUAUUUUUGUAUUGUGAGGUGGCAACCUCUGUAAGUGUGUGUACGUACUCUUUAUGCCUUUUCUCUCUUUCUCUCCCCCCCCCCCCCCCCCAGAAGACAUACACACACAUUACACCGUGCCCACUCAAAGAAGAGGAGUUUUUAUAUGUCAGAUAUGUUUUAAUGUCUAUAUUUUCUUGGAACAUAUUAAGCGCUUGUGUUUUAUAGAGAGGUGUUGUUGUAGACUGCAUUUAAUCACAUCUUGCUGUCAUAUAACUAUUUUGCAUUUGACAAGAGAAUCCGUGACUUUGUCGUGCUUGUGAGUCGUGGAUGUUUGCGCGUGUGUCUGUGUGUUCAUGAAUGUGCGUGUGUGGUUGUGUGUUUUGCGAUCGUGUCUUUGAAUGUGUCAUUCUUGUCUCUAAUCUCUUGUCGUAAAAACUACUUUUUAUAUAAAAAAAGAGAUAGUAAUUUAUCUAUUAUCUAAAGAACAUGUAAUUUAUUUUCUUGUUUUAUGAAGCUGUAGCAAUUAUUUUGUUACCACCAGAGUUUAUAAGAAUGUUAUCAUUGAUACACAGAUAGUUUUUUUUUAUCAUGCAAAAACAAACAAAAAAGUGUGGAAAGAUUAUUAUCUCAAAGCUUCAUUUUCAAUAAAAACAACACGGAAAUUAA